CUUUGACCUUAUAGCUCCGCCCCUCCCUCCGUGAGCCCCGAGAAGGAAGUUUAUGCUUUGGUUCCGUUAAAGGUCGGGAGCGGGGAACAGGAUUUCGCAUGGUGAUUAGUGGAUUAGUAUGGAUGAAGAAACACACCGCCGGUUUCAGUGCGUAGCUGGUCGACUUGGUUGGACAGAAUAUGGCGAUUUGAAUGCUAUUGAAGCACAGCUUCAAGAAAGAAUCACAAAAUCCUUGCAAAGUAAUUGUAAAGAUACCGCAAUGAAUUUGGAGUCAGAAUUGGGGGAGAGUCCAAAUACCGAUGAUUCAUGUGUAUGCAAGCUGUUAUUGUCCAGUUCUGAGGAUGAGGCUGAAUCACGGCCAGAGGUUACUCUGGAAAGCUGGCAAGAAGGACCUGAUGAUCGUACACUGACAAAGAAAGUAUGUGAGAAGCUACAGAGCCAUCAAGAUGCCAUAGUAAUCUCAGACUUCAGUGACAAUGAUUUUGAGACCUGCUCACUCUCUGAUCUCAUCCGGAAGAGGGCAUUAAACUCAGACUUUAAAGCAGGAAAGACCUCCAAGACCAGGAAUAUGAGAUCAUCUGAAUCAAGCACAGAUUCCAGUGGUGAUGAAGAUUAUGAAAAGUUUUUAGCACGAGUGAAGACACCAAAAAUGCAACCAGAAAGGUGCAGAGCUUGGAGGGAAAAUGACAACAGUCUUAAAGACUUUAUAGUGAGUGAUGACUUAUCUUCUGAUGAUUUGGAUAUAAAUGGGACUGUGGAGAAAGAGCACAGUGCUAAUAUUGGACCGAUGAGUUUAGAAGGUGGUCGUAGUUCAUGUCGUCCUACAUACACCAAAAAAUUGAAUGAACUGUCACAUACAUCAGAUACAUCAAGUGAUGAAUUCGAGUCGCUUUUUCAAAGGAUUAAAAACAAAACAAAGAGAACUCCAGAUUUAGUUUCCAGCCACUUGAAUGGAAAAAUGGCAAUUACUGAGCCAGUGAAACGAAAACCGAGUCAUAACAGAUUGGGAGUGAAGCACAAAUCUAGAGACAAGAAGAGUUUGGACCCUAUCUCUACCCAGGCAUCACAAUCUGUGAAAGGUGUUCUAUCAGAACUUACUUCAUUGAGCCAAGUACCAGACUUCAAUCUAUUGAGUUUUUCUGAGUCUCAAUCCCAACGUCCAGUAUCGAGACAAUGCCAAAUGCCUGGUUGUUUCCUUCAGGACUUGACACUCAGCUCAUCAAAGUACGUAAAAAAUUUCAAACAAAAUCGUGAUGAGUUAACUCAAGAACUCUAUGAUUUAUACAAUAAGAGCGUCUUUCAGCAGAAGCUUCCAGAGAAGUUGGUGAUAACAUGGAAUAAGAAAAUGCGAAAAACUGCUGGAUACUGUGUUACUGGACAGAAACGAGACAGUACUGUCAAACGUUAUGCCAGAAUUGAAUUGUCAGAGAAAGUUUGUGAUUCAGCUGAACGUCUGCGGGAUACACUGAUUCAUGAAUUGUGUCAUGCUGCCACCUGGCUUAUUAAUAAUGUUCGCGAUGGACAUGGACCAUUUUGGAAGUUGUACGCACAGAGAUCUGUACUGAUUCACCCUGAAUUACCUAUGGUUACACGCUGUCACACAUAUGAAAUAAAUUACAAGUAUACAUACCAGUGCAACAAGUGCAAAAACACGAUUGGACGACAUUCCAAGUCAUUGGACACACAACGUUUUGUCUGUGCUUUAUGUACAGGCCCUCUUGUUCUAUUAACAAAAAUGUUAAAAGAUGGCACUCCGGCAAAAAAGGAUCUAGCACCAUUUGCUAAAUUUGUGAAAGAAAACUACAGCUCAACCAAGAAGGAGCAUAAGGGACUCCAACAUGCUGAUGUCAUGAGGCAACUAAGUGCAGACUUUGCAAAGAAGACACAGAUAACUGAUUUCUAAAUAUCUCUGCAAUUAACUUUCAAUUGAAGAUCUGAGGCGAUUGCCAAAUUUUAUAACUUUGUAAGCUUGAGAGUGCACUAAGUUAUAUGUAGACUAAAACUAAAAAUGUAUAACUUCUUUUUCCUGCAAGGGGAAAAACAUUUCGUUGCUGAAAGUAAAAAUUUGUGUUAAAUAAAUUAUUCCAAUUAGAUGUGUUAAAUAUUUCCAGUUCCACCUAGCACAUUGAUCUCUACAAGUUCUCCAAUUUUUCAUGCAUCAUGAAUGUUCUGCUUCUGUUCUAGUUAAUGAAAAGAACUGCAAUAAAAUAUUACCUCGAAGUGUGAUUAUUUGAUAAAACUAUGAAGAACAGGAUUGGGGGGUCAGUUGUUGCUUUUGUGUCCAUUUCUUUGCUGGGUCCUUGAUAAGAAAGCAGAGAGAAUCAUCUAUAUCUGCAGCAGUAAGAAUUCCACCUGCAAUUAACUUGGGGCUGUUUUAAACUAAGUUUCAGCUGCUUCAAACUACAGCAUACAAUUUAGUGUCUUGAAGAGGCUGUAAAGAUGAUUUCUGUGAAAAUUUAUCUUGCAGGUGCAAUCUAAUGUUUGCAAAUUCUUAAAGUACUAUUAAGGGAGCUUUAUCUGGUAGCAAUCUACUAUACCUGAUCUGGGAAUUUUAGUGCCAACUAGCACAUAUUUCUGAGUAAUGAUCUUAUUCAGCUGUAGCAAAAAUGUCCAAAGAAGCCCAAAUGAAGUUCACAAAAUGUUGGGUGUUGCAUAGAACUUGCCUUGAUGGUGAUGAUGGAAAUGGAUAUUUUUGAGUUGUUUUCUCCCCCCCCAUCUCACUGUGACAAAUUAGCUUAUUCUCGUGGCAGCUUUGACUCUGGCUGACCACUACAGUAUAGUUUUAAAAUGUAAGGAAUGAUAUUAACAAUUUGCAUUUAUAAAAUUACCUUCUGGUGUUUCUCUAACACCACAAAAUACUUCAAACAGUGAAAUAUGUUGAAGUGCAGACAGUUGUUUUGUGUGAACAAGGAAAGUUUCCACUUUGUUCACAACAAUUUAAGCCACAUUGAACUUAUUUGGCUUAAUUCUAACUCUUAAAAUGGCAGGUGUUGGCUAUGGAAUUUAGGCCAUUCUUUAGUAAUGUAUUGCACUAUUUGUUUUAUACAGGUCUUUUAUAAUUUUCCAUUUCUUGUUCAUAUCAUGGUCUCUAGUAGCAAUUUCUGGUGUGUUUUGGGGAGUUUCUGGGAUAUUGAACUCUGAUGCUGCAAAUAACCUCUCUCGUAACUUAUCCAAUAAUAGCAAAACUGACCUGUACUACUGAUCCAGUGUAAAUGAUAAUUGUGCAAAAUGCUUUCAAGCAUUUUUAAGUAAUGAGGACCUCACGUCAAUUUGGCCUUACGAUAAUGACACCGAAUGUUUGCACAAUAAAAAUUGUUACAAAAUUGCUGACUUCCUCUUAAGAAUACCGCACCUGAAGUGAACAAGGUAUUACAGGUAACACUCGGGUUGCAUUUGUUUAGGGAACGAUACAAGAAAUAAUGCGUAUUUCUGUAAAUUUACUUCGUGACAAUGGGUGAACUAAACAAUUUCUGUUGAAUUUAGAAAAGCUGCUUGUAAUGUGUUGUUUGUCAAACUGUAUCAGGUUAAAUAAGUUGCUAGUAAUACAUCCUAGUUUGAGUUCAGUUGACAGGGUAAAGGGUAAGAGAAUUAACCCUAAGUAUACACUGGAUGUUUAAAUCUGUGGACCAUCAAACACAAAAUCACUGCCCUUGAAUGAGGUUGGUUAGUAAUUAGUGCUGCUUUUAACUUUUUCGGUAUAUAGAUCCUGCUAAACCUUUGUUAUGUGUGUUUGUUUUAUGUGGUAAAAUUUGAAUGUAUUAUGUGAACUGGUUUUGUCAAAUGAAGUUCAAGAAUACUGUU